AGCAUUGGUUUUCGAUGCUGACGGGGUUUGUGCGCUUGCGCGAGUAUUUGAGCGGGAGCUGCCUGCCGCUGAACCCUGGAGGAUCCUGAGGAUUCCAUUCAAUAUGGGCUUGCCAUAAACUGCAGAAUACCCUUUGUGGUUUGCUUUUCAAUUAUUGGGACAGCUAUAGGCUUUUAAACUGUUAAGUCAUAUCAUCAUGGAUCAGAUUUCGGAUGGCCUGGAAGGAAUUGAAACUUGUAAAAACGCAACACACCUUGGUUCGGAUCCCCUAAAUGAUGGAUGCUUAUUUGAGGUGGAUUCUGAUAUAUCAGGCUUUGAAAUUCCUGAGACACCCAGCCCUGUUUUUUCCAAGCAAAACAGUAAACCUUAUCAAGCAACAGCUACAACCCAGGAUAGGAACAUUGCAAAUGAUGGGAAGAAACCUAGAUCUGCUACUAAGAGCACCACCCAUCCACCGAAGAAGUGCCUUGUUGUGACUACUGGGACUCCUCAAAAGUGUGCCAAGCAAUUAUUUGUUGAAGGCAAAGCCUCUUCUCCCUUUUUGCAGCAGAAGACUUCUGUUUGUUCAAAGCAAAAUGAAUCUGCCCUAAGUUCACUACUUGGUAAAAAGUCUACAAAAUCCAACACAGCUUCCUCUUCUACAAGAAAAGGUUCUGCUUCUAAGAAAUACCAUGCUGAAAAGUUAAAAGUGUCACUCAAGUCAAGAGAUUCCAGUUUUUCUCCUGUCCAAACAAAUUGGGUUAACAGAAAUUGUCAUUCUUCUUCAACUGUUUCUAGUUCUUCACAUUCACCAGCAAUGAAAAGAGCCAAAACAUCAACUGCUAGUAGCUCAAGUUCAAGAAGGGCCAGCAACAUAUCCUUGAAGGAAAACGAGUGUGUACAUUCAGUCAGAACUUCCUUGAGCUUUGUAAAAUUGCCCAUGAACACUUCAGUGUCCCCUGUCUUGAAGCCGGCAGAAUCUUCAGGUUCUGUGACGCUAACCAAUGGCUUAAGUGAUUGGAUUGAUCUCCUGGAUGACAGCACUGACAUAGUGGCAUCCUCUGAGUGGAGCACAGACUCUCCAAUUGUAAUAGAUGAUGAUUUAGCUGAUAACUAUGUUCGAUUUGCUCAACUAGAAGAGGAUGAAGCUUUUGCCAGACACCUACAGGCACAAUUUGAUUUGGAAGCUCAGUCUCCUGAACAUAGAAGUCAAUUCCAUGCAACAAGAGAGAACUCCUUCCAUGGGUUUUGUGGCUUGCCUGGUUGUGGGGAAUAUGCCGAUUUAUUGGCUUCUGCAGAUAUUGGAUAUUGUGGAAAACCUGGAUGCAGGGAGUAUCAGCACAGGAAUGACAUGUUGGCUUCAGAAGUAAUUGAUCCUGUUCCACAUGAUCUGCAAAGGUUUUUUGUCACAACUGGCAGAAAUAGAAGAAACAGAAGGCACAGCCGGCAUCAAACUACCUCAAUGUAUAUAAAUGAAGAUAUAAAUGAUGGCAAUGACUAUGAGGAUUUGCUAGCUUUUGAAGAAAGCCAGGGUUCAGCUGUUGCACAGAAGAAACUCAGUAAUGCUGAUAUUAACCGAUUGCCAAUAAAGUUUUUUGACCCAAAAUGUGCUGCAGGAAAGACACAAUGUCAUAUUUGCUUCAAUGAUUAUUCUUCAGGAGAAAAGUUGAGGAUCUUGCCCUGCCUUCAUGAUUAUCAUAGUCAGUGCAUUGACCGCUGGUUAAAGGGACAUAUAAGUUGCCCAAUCUGUAGAGUUGAUGUAAACCUGGAGUCUGUGUGAUGAGUACAAGACUGCUAUCAAAUCAAGUGCAAUAAUUUUCAUUUGCCAUGGAUGCAAAUGUUUACAUUAUUGUUUCUCAGGAUUUUACAAUUUCUACAUUUUCACUUUCCAAAGCAAAGACCAAAACAAAAUAACUUUAGAUUGUUUAAAAAAAUAUGCUGUUUAAAUAACUUCAUUCUUGAAAGUUUAUAACUCUAAUUCUCAUUAUUUUAAAACUUGUGGAUGAUGGUUUAAUUCAGAUGCAUCACUCCCAGCUUUGUGGAAAAGUCAGUUGGAUACUUUGAGCUAGUCUGCUUCAGCUCAGGAAGAAAUGUUUGAAUAAACUUACAAUUUGAAACUGUUAACAGCAUUCCAAUAUUUGAGUAUUUGGGGGAGGGGAAGACUUUCUCAUUUUGGUUGUUAAUGAGCUUGAGUGUGUGUAUAAAGUAAUUUUCCCAAUUUUCUUUUUUUAAAUUGAUGCUGCUUGUGAAUGUGCAUCCUGGGAGGGAUGGUUGCAUAGUCCAGUGAUCUGUCAUGGGCGCUCUGUACAACUGACUGGUGGGGGGAAGCCUGUGGAAAGCUGCUUCCUCGAUUAUAUUUUUCUUGUACUUGUUUAAGAUGUAUAUGACUAUUUAUCACCAUUUUAACUUGACAUACAGGUCAGAACUUGAACAUAAUGUACUGAAUAUGUUGAUUUUUCAAUUAAAGUGUAAUGUUUUCAAUCACUGCCUGUCUUGCUGAUUGAGUAGACAUUUUGUUAAAGACCCUUUUUAGUCUAAUAUCUUACUUGACAAUGGAGUGAGCACUGCUUGCUUCCUACAUUUGAGACAAGAUCAGUUACUGUUAGUUAUUUUGAGAUCCAGCAUGGAAAAGGCCUUUCUGGCCCAACAAGGGGCACUGCCCAGCAACCCACCUAUUUAGUCCUAGCCUAAUCACAGGACAAUUUACAACGAACAAGUAGUAUGUCUUUGGACUGUAUGAGGAAACUUGCACUGUCAUGGGGAGAAUGUAUAAAUUCCUUUAUAGAUCGUGCUGGAAUUUAACUCUGACUCUGUCCUGUAAUAGUGUAGGGCUAAACAAGACCAUAGUGCCCUACUAGGCAGCAUAUAUUCAAGAAGAGCUGAGAACUACAGCAAAUGAAUAGCUGUUACUGGGCUAACAACAUGUGUUAAGCAAAGAUUGUAAAAUAACAUGAUAAUCCUGCAAUAUCUUGUAUAUGGUAUAAUUUGGGGAAAAUGGAUGCAGUCGUUUUUAGCAAAGGACUGGAUGUAAAUUGGUUUCCACUUCAAUGUGAGUUAGUGGGGUAAAGUUUAAAGAAUAAGCUUAAAGUGAGACUUAUGAAGGUGGUUUUGUGCAAGAAACAAGUGGGAAUAGAAAUGGUGUUCAAAAAAACUAGGAAAAUCUUGCUGGACAUGACACCAACCUAAAAGUAGUGAGUACAAUUUGGGGUCUUGAUGGGUGUACUAACAAUUGAGGCAGAUGAGAAAGUUUACAAUUGGACUUAACAUGAAGAGGCUGAGUGAACUUCAACUACACUCAAGUUAAUGUGAUCUAGUGAAAUAAGAUUGAGGGGGAAUGGAGCAAGAUGUUUUACAGAAGUUCUAUGUGAUACACACCUUUAAAGUUCCUAAACAUUGUGUGAAGGCAGAAUCUUCAAUAAGGGAAAGAGUUCACAAUUACACUAUCACGGUCCAACUGUGUGUCAGAAGCCUUAAACUUUGAGCUGCAGCAAAUCAGAGAUCCAAAGUGUGAGAAGAUAUAGCUCAGUUGGGUUUGCUGACUGAGUGCAUAAGGCAUAAUCAUGUGGCAGUUUGGUGUUUUGAGCAGCGAUCUGGAUUGAUUAGUGUUAUGAGUGAUGGACAAUGGGGUAAAGAGUUAACCAUUCCCCCUUGAGGACCAUGAGAAAGAGAAGAAAAACGGGCAAGAACAUCUGUGACAGAUAAGAGAGGGAGAUUGCUGAUUAACUGUAUUGUGACUCCUUUUGAAUUAUUUACUGUUUCACUGCAAGGACAAUAGUUUGCUCGUUAACAUUCCUCAGUGGACUGUAGGAGUGGCAUGAUUUGAUGAACACAGUCAUUCAGAAUUGAUGGAUAGCUGAGACCCCAUUAGUAGGGAUAAAAAGACAGGUCUGGAGAGACGCCCUCCAGACACGCCAGUGGACACUGAGUGCUGGAACUCACAAGAAAGGUGGGGGCUUCAGAGACCGAACCAGGAGAUCGGUCAGUAAAACUCAGUGUUACAGCAGGGCCGGUGGGGACGUGUGUGUGUCCACUCAUGCCCGAGUGACGAGUCCACCACAGAAGAACGGUCUAGCAGAAGGACGGAGGGGUCAUAGCUGAAUGACCACCACAACAACAGUGCAACAGAAUCAAAAGGCAACAGGAAGGUUUGCUGACUGUAACUGCUUAAUCUCUUGCGCUCUCUCUCUAACGAUUACAACACAAGCAUAACUACCUCAGCACUCAUGAACUGAACUUUAUACAAUUUAUGACAAUUCAUUUACCCCUAGACAUUGAUAGAGCUUGUUUAUUAUUGCUUAUUAUUAUUAUUCCUACACUUUUAGGUUUAUUACUGCUACCUUAUGUUAUAUGUAUAUUUGCAUUAUUGAUGUGGUUUUGCUUAUUUUUAUUAAUAAACACCUUUAAAUAUAGUACCACUACACUCCAACGGAUUCUUCUUUCUCUGCUGGUCAGACACCCAGUUACUGGGUAUGUAACAUGAGUAAGAACAAAUUUAAAAUAAGGCAGUGGCAAGCUGUUACAAGAAUCACCCCUUGUAAUAAUGAUCAGUGAGGCACAGACUCUGUACAGACAAGUAACUUUUAUUGUCUCAACUAAAAGGCAUGUCGGUUCACAAACUACCUCUGUGCACCCCACUGGAAUCCUUGACCAUGAAUGGUCAAUGAAGAGAAAAAGUAUUUCCCAGGAAAGGAGUCUAUGCUGGCCAGGUGUAUCUCAUGGUCCUGAUCUCUAUGUGUCCGUGGGGUCCUCAUCCAAGAUGAUUGUUCUCUGGUUGCUGGAGAGUUAUCACUGCUAUGUACUUGGAGCUCCUAACUCUUAAAGUGUUCCUUGUCAGUUGAAAGUGAAUUUCUAUCCUACUGGCUCAAGAUCUUGUGACCUACCUGGUUCUCUACCUUACUGGUUCUUGUCCAGGGCUACAACUAACAUUGUUUCAUAGUUCUGCCCACCCAAGCCUUGUGCAUUUGUCUUUCAACUGGCUAAUCCAAACCACUUAAGUGAGGUGACUCAGACAGUCUUAAUGAGAUUACAGAUCACUUCAGUCAAGUCAGUCUUUGUUGUCAUUUCAACCAUAACUGCUGGUACAGUACACAGUAAAAAUGAGACAAUUUUUUUUAGGACCAUGGUGCUACAUGGAACAGUACAAAAACUACACGGAACUGUGAAAACAACACCAAAAAAAAACACCAGACUACAGACCUACCUUAGACUGCAUAAGGUGCACAAAACAGUGCAGGCAUUACAAUAAAUAAAAGACAAUACAAAUAGGCACAGUAGAGGGCAGUAAGUUGGUGUCAGUCUAGUCUCUGGGUAUUGAGGAUUUUGAUAGCUUGGGGGGGAAGAAACUGUUGCAUAGUCUGGUCGUGAGAGCCCAAAUGAUCCGGUGCCUUUUCCCAGAUGGCAGGAGGGAGAAGGGUUUGUACGAGCAGUGUGUGGGGUCCUUCAUAAUGUUGUUUGCCUUGUGGAUGCAGCAUGUAGUGUAAAUGUCUGUAAUGGCAGGAAGAGGGACCCUGAUGAUCUUAGCUGACUUCACUAUCUGCUGCAGGGUCUUGCGAUCAGAGAUGAUGCAAUUUCUGUAUCAGGCAGUGAUGCAGUGCAUAUGGUACUUUGGUACAUACGGCAUUUUGCAUAAUAAGUAGCUAUCCAUCGGAGAAAGGUCUCAGGUUUAGCAGCUCAUUAGCUGAAGCUCCUUGUGUCCACAUUCAAUUGCUCUGAUUAGAUUAUCCCAGAGCAAGAAUCAGUUCAGAGUCCACAAAACGGGGGUAAACAAGGACAAUUGGUUUGUACACUUCCCCUGUCCUUGACUGAUCAAAUCCACUAAUUGUAGGCUGCUGUUUCUUCUGGCCACCAUCUCCCUCCUCAUGAUUCAAAGAUCAUUAUCCUCUUCCAAUUCUGUUGACUGCCCAUAGGACUGCCAUGGAACCCAGGUAGAUGUGCAACACUUGCA